CUCCGCAUGCCGUAUACCACCAGCAAGAACACCUGCGAUCUCCAUACCAGAGCUACUAUGCAUGAGUUCCAGCGCCGUUGCGAAGAUCGAUACUAACUCCGGCACUCAGCCGGCUCACGCGCGCACCGCCAAGAUCUUAAAGCUCCGGUCUUUCGAUAGCUCCCCCAUCGUCCUAACGUCUCCUGCCUUUUCUGGCUCAGAGCCGGUGACGACCAACGAACACGACAAUGCGACAGUCCUUAGGCUCGCCAUCUCCGAGGUCGCAAUCAUACGUGCCGGGGCCAAGUGCGCGAGUGUUUCGCUAGCAGCCCACGCGGACCUAUCCGUUGUGGCAGGUCAAUUCUCCUUCCUUUUGCCCUUCGACGUACUAGGCACAACUAAGCCAACAAGAACACACCAUUCGUCCAUCCAAGAAUCGCAUCCCAUGCUGAUCAUAACCCGGUCGGCGCUUCUGUCGGUUUGCGCACAAUAUGUGGCAAAAUCACUUGCCUCUUCAGGAGAGAAGACGUGACUGCGCCAGACACUGGGACAAGUCGUAGCGAUUCAACGGCGCCA